CAGAGUUUGUCUGUCACACUUUAAGAGGUUCAUUUUCCACAAUCACUCUCCUUACAUACCUUUUCAUCAUGUCAUGUUCUAACAAAAUCUUUCUAUUUUUUCUUUCAUUUCUUCUAAUUCAUCAACUUGAAUCUGCUCCAAGUAUCAUCCCACUAAAUGGUUCAUGUACUGAUAAAUGUGGCAACAUUGUCCUAAAAUAUCCAUUUGGAUCUAGUUUUGGUUGUGGACAUCCUGCAUUUUCAAGAUUCAUAAAAUGCACUACUUCUGGUGUUCUCCAAUUUUCCACUAGUACUGGCAUUUACACUAUAUCUUCACUAGACUACUCAACCAACACAUUUGUUCUAAAUGACCCCUUUAUGUCAACAUGUUCCUCAAUGCAGAAUUCAGGAAGUUUUACAUUGGAUCAUGAUAUUUCAACUCCUUUCAGUGUUAUGAAACAAAACAUCUUUGUUUUACUAGGAUGUUCCACAACAUCGGCUGUGUUUGAUCCAAAACAGGACUUGUGUGAUACCGGUUCGGGUUCAAAUAUAUGCAGGGGAAUGUAUUCUUGUAAAGGUGUGACAGGGAUUGGAUUAGAACCAAAUGAUCCAAUUUCAACUUGUUGUGUUUAUGUUCCACCAGUUCCUGUUGGUUCAGGUUAUGGUUUGAACUUGCCUAGGCUUCAAUGUUCUUCGUAUUCAUCGAUAUAUGGAUUUGGAGGUGAUGAAGGAGAUCCGAUGAAAUGGGAGUUUGGGAUUUCUUUGAAGUAUAAUGAUUCAUAUUAUGUUGAUGAUUCUUGCAAGAACUGUGAGGAUAGUGGUGGAAUUUGUGGUUUUGCUGGUGCUGAUGAGUCUUUUGCUUGCAUUUGUAGGAAUGGUGUUAACACUACAAUCAAUUGCUAUGGAAGAGGAUAUGCUUGGAGUGGGACAUGGAGUCACAAGAUUCAAACAGAAAUUAGUAUUGGAGGGAUCUUAUUCUUUUGGAUGAUUAUGCUUUUCAUCUAAGGCAGAAGAGAUCUUGUUCUAAGUCCAGGACCAUGAAAUGAAGUGCAAAUAGUACAUAUACUCUGUGAAAUUCAUGUCAACCAAGAUUAGACAAAUAAAAUUACUUUAUGUUGAUCAAAAGCCUAGAAGUUUGGCUCUGAAAUUAAAUUAUUGUAGCUUCUCAAUAUAAAUUCCAUGGCUUCAGUGUAAACAUUAAGAACAUGUUGUAUUUACUAAUUACAUGUUCAAGUCUUGCUAAAUUUUUAAUUAUUGGCCAGCU